AUCAUCUUGAAAUUUCUAAUCAAGUUUGUAAAAUUUUUAUAGUAAAAAUUUUAAUGACAAUUUAAAAAAUUACCUUCUCUAAAGAAUGGUCAAAACAAUGUCCUUUCAGAAAUAGAGUUGUUCUUUACUAUCUUUCCAAAAUGACUUUGGUUAAAUGGACCAGGUGUAUAUUAGUUAAAACCUAGGGCUAAGUUCUUGAUAUUCUUUGAGUUUACACGUUAAUCCUUAUUGGAGUUGUGCCAGUACACAAUAGAAUAUCAUUAAUUUGCACUGUUUGGGGACCCCAUUUAAGAAUGCUGAAUUUUGCCAACUAAAAAGUAAGCAAAUGCAAUUUUAAAAGUAAAUUUGAGCAUUCUGUGUUAAAUAUGUGCAGUUAUUAUCAUAUGAAGAAGCGCAGUGUGUUGGGCUGUAAUAUAACCAUAUUUGCUGUCAUGUUCUCCCAAAUCAGUGCUGGGAACUCACCAUGUGGAAACCAAGCAACCGUGUUGUGCAUCAGCCGGCUUGAGUUUGUUCAAUAUCAAAGCUGAAGCUAGCGAGGUCUGCUGUACUGCUUAUUGAAGUAUUGUGAUUCUUUUAGGCCUUGAUUCUUACAAAAUAUAUACUGUAACAGUAUACUUUGUACAGAUUUAAAUUUUAUUUGAAAAAAAUGAAAUAAAGUAGGCAAAAAAUAAAGAUGUUUAUUUUUCAUGUGACUACAUAAACAGAU